AUGAUGGGCUUACCACGCGGGCUUCUCGCCGUGGCGAUUUUCGCGAGCUUGCUGGUAACAGCCGUUGCACGGAUCAGCCGCUACGACAGCAUGCUGGCCAUGCCAGGAGGAGAGGGGCGACAGGCGUUCCGGCAGUUUCUGAAACGAGGUGCGACGACGCGCAAGACGAGCGAGACUAAAGACAGCGAGCCGCAGGAGGAGGGAACUCGCUGGGCGCUUCUUAUUGCCGGCUCCGCCGGUUACGGAAAUUACCGCCACCAGGCGGACGUGUGUCACGCGUACCAGCUGCUGCGGCGGAACGGCGUGAGGGAGGAGCACAUAGUGGUAUUCAUGGUAGACGAUAUCGCUCACAACCAUGAAAACCCGCACCCCGGCACCAUCAUCAACCGCCCCGACGGACCCGACGUCUACCACGGCGUUCCCAAGGACUACACGGGGCGGCACGUGACAGUGAACAACUUCAUAGCAGCGCUGCUGGGGAACGCGUCUGCCAUCAACGGCGGGAGCGGCAAGGUCAUUGCAAGCGGCCCCAACGACCAUGUGUUUGUGUACUACACCGACCAUGGCGGCCCAGGCAUUCUGGGCAUGCCCGAGCCACCGUUCCUCAUGGCUGACGAGGUGGUGGGCGCGCUGCAGAAAAAGCACGCCGACAAGGGCUUUAAGGAGCUGGUGUUCUACCUCGAAGCAUGCGAGUCGGGGAGCAUAUUCGAGGGACUGCUGCCGCCCAACAUUCACAUCUUUGCCACCACGGCAGCCAACGCGGAGGAGAGCAGUUGGGGCACGUACUGUCCGGGGAUGAACCCCCCUCCGCCCAUUGAGUACGAGACGUGUCUGGGGGACCUCUACAGCGUUGCCUGGAUGGAGGACAGUGACGUCAACGACCUCACACACGAGAGCCUUCGCCAGCAGUACCACCUGGUUAAAGAGCGCACAUCCAACCAUGGCACAUAUGAUGCAGGCUCGCAUGUCAUGCUGUUUGGGGAGAAGGCUCUUGGCACCGACCCUGUUUCCGAUUUCCUGGGCGACGCGUCCCUGGCUCCUGAAGCUGGUGCCAAUAGCGAGGAUGCUUAUAACGAGCAUGCGGGCAUGACCCCGUGGGUUCCAUUCAGUCUGACUGCGCUGCUGGGCAGGGGCGUUAGCAGGGGUAAGGGGAGGGGCAGGGGUGCGGUGCUGUCGGCGGGGCAGAGGAUGUUUGCUGCAGGGGAGGCGGUUGGGGUGGUGGGGCAGCGCGAUGCAGAGGUGCUGCACCUGUGGCACAAGUAUAAGAACGCCCCAGAGGAUUCCCCGCGCAAGCAGGCAGCGAUGGCAGCCCUCAGCGAGACCUUUGCCCACCGCCGCCACGUGGACCAAUCGGUGCGCGCCACGGUGGCAGCAGCGGUGGGCGAGGGGCGUGUGGAGGUGAUGCUGGAGGGGAAGCAGGCGGAGGGGAGGGCGCUGGUGGACGACUGGAUGUGCCUGCGAGGGAUGGUGCGAGCGUACGAGGCGAGCUGCGGAAGGAUUACACAGUACGGCAUGAAGCACAUGCGCGCGUUUGCCAACCUCUGCAAUGCAGCCGUGCCCGUCCGCACCGUUGCUGCUGCAGCGCAGGAGGUGUGCCCUGCCGCCGCCAAUGCUGUUCCCCCGGGGCUGCUCGUUGCGUCGGGAGGGGGUUUCUCGGUGUAA